UGUGUUUUGUCCCAUAGUUUAUUGAUGGGAGUAUUUGAAAGUGUUUUGAAGUUCAUCUAACAUUCUUAUUAAAUAAUAUGACAUUUUCAGCUAUGGAAGGUUACAUGUGGAGAUAAUAGAUGUGCAGUAUGUGGAGACAGAUAGAACUGUGUCUUUAGCUCCUUCAUGAAAAUAACUGUUUCCCUGCAGGUUUAAAAUGUGGUGGCUACUGAGAACAAUGUGCCUUAUCCAUGUAUUUGGAAAAAUAUUUUGUUUACUUGAGCCAAACAAGAAUCCUGAAUCUCACAUGAAUGUUAGUGAGAUUAUUAAAUACUGGAACUAUCCAAGUUUAGAAUAUGAGGUCGUGACUGAUGAUGGUUACAUUCUUCCAAUUAACCGAAUUCCUCAUGGGAAGAAUAAUGCUAAUAGUUCAGCCCCCAAGAUGGUAGUGUUCUGUCAGCAUGGCUUGUUUUCAACUCCUGGUGUGUGGGUUGCCAAUCCUCCCGACAACAGCCUGGCUUUCAUCCUAGCAGAAGCUGGGUAUGAUGUCUGGCUGGGAAACAGCAGAGGAAGUACCUGGGCAAAGAAACAUGUGACCCUAAGCCCAGAUUCUGAAGAAUUCUGGGCUUUUAGUUUUGAUCAAAUGAUAGCAUAUGACCUUCCGGCCACCAUUAAUUUCAUUCUGAACACAACAGGACAAGAGCAGAUUUACUAUAUUGGCCAUUCUCUGGGAACUCUUAUUGCUCUGGGGGCAUUUUCAACAAAUCAAGAACUGGCUGAGAAGAUCAAACUCAACAUUUUAAUAGCUCCAGUUCGUACUGUUAAAUAUGUAAAAGGUUUUGGACGCCUUCUAGCUUAUUUCUCUCCAGAGGCUUUCAAGCUUGUUUUUGGCAAAAAAGAAUUUUUACCUACCGUAGUUUUCAGUGAGUAUUCUAAAUAUGUAUGCAACAUUAAGUUGGUUGAUGCUGGAUGUGCUGGUGUACUGGGAUCACUGACUGGAUUUUCUGAAGAUCAGUUAAAUACGAGCCGUAUUGAUGUGUACAUAACACACAGUCUAGCAGGAACAUCAACUCAAAUUCUUAUACAUGCUGGACAGGCCAUUAGAAGUGGUGAGUUUCAGGCUUACGACUGGGGAAGUCCAUCUCUGAACAUGCAACACUACAAUCAGACCACUCCUCCGUUAUACAGCGUGGAAAACAUGAAGGUUCCAACUGUCAUGUUUACUGGUUUAAAAGAUUUUUUGGCUGACCCAAAAGAUGUUGCAAAUUUGGUACCCAAAAUCUUCAACCUCAUAUACCAUAAAACUAUUCCUGAGUUCAGCCACCUUGAUUUUAUAGUGGGAUUAAAUGCUAAAACUGAGGUUUCUGAUGAAAUUUUAACAAUUCUUGGGGAAUAUGACAGUUCUGUUUAGCUUUAGCUUUUUGCGUGUUUUUAAACCUUUCUGAAAGUCUCUUGCUUAUAAAAGUGGAAUAUUUUCUAGCUUAGCAUUUUUCUCCUUAAUUAUCUUUGUUUCUUUAAGCUAUUGUUAGAUUUGUUGGAUCAUUUGCAUUAGUGAAAUUUAUGGCCAUCAAGAGAAUACUUCGUCUUGUGGCUGUCUUCAAUUAAUGUAAGUUUAUGUAUGUUUCCACAUGAUUGUUCCUGAAGAAAAGACCCACUUUUAACUUGUAGUAAUGAAAUCCUAAUAUACUGAUAAAGGAAGAGGGCCAAGCUCAUAGUGUGAUAUCACAUAUAAUGCUACCUGAAGAACAGAUUAUAACAGGUUUCAUACAUUAGAACUAAGGGCAAUUAAUCUUGUUGCUUCAACUAGUCAAUCUCACAAGUCUUAGUCACUAGUCUUAUUGCACACCACCCCCUGCCCCCAGGUCACACUACCUGUGUGGACCAGGCACUGUUUGAAUAAGUCACUUAUGUCAGUAUUCGCUGGUAUGAGUGAAAGAGGAAAUAUUUAAAGUGAUCAGAGAUAUUAAAAGUAAUUCAUAGGAUAGAUCAUUCUUGAUGCCUUGUAUAAUAUGUAUGGUAUUUUGAACUUUCCUUGCAACACAAAGUGACCACAAUUUCCAACACACAAUUUUAUUUUUAUUGUUAAAAUUUCAACCUAAUUCAGAUUUUUAAUCAUAAAGUAAUAAUUCUGGGCAUAGGUUGGACAAUAUAAAGAGUAACCAUGGCCAGUCUCAAAAGUAUUUUUCUUAAAAUCUUUUCCAUGAUUAUAAGGAUAUGUGUGUGUGUUUGUGUGUGUGUGUGUGUGUGUGUGUGUGUGUGUGUUAAGUUCCUUCUAUUCCAGGUUUCUGCAGGAUUUUUACUUGAUUAAAUAUUGGACCUCUGUGAAAGGCCUUUUCCCAUCUAUUUAUGUUCACAUGAUUACUGUCUUGGUUCAUUUAUUGGACUAUGUAUUACAUUUGUUGGUUUGGAAUAUGUCAAAUCAUCCAUGUAAUAUUUCUGGAAUAAAGCCAAAUCAUUAA